UUCAUUGUUAAUUUCGAACUAGGCUUGUGCAAACGCGUCUCUGUCCGUCCCUGUGUUCUCAUGAUGUUUUGGAGCGGGGCCGCUUUGUGUGCAUUUUUCUUUGUUACUCACACGUCGGGGAUUCCCCCCCUAAUUAGAGUCGGUGCACUUUUUCCAAAAAAUAUGGGAAUAUACAACACCGAACUGGCCUUUAGAUAUGCGGUUCAUAGAUUAAAUCGGGACAAGAGCCUUCUGCCAGAAACGAACAUUAUCUACGAAAUUGAAUACGUCAGUCGAAUUGAUUCGUUUGAGACAGUACAAAAAGUGUGCAGACUUGUGCAGGUUGGUGUCCAGGCCAUUUUUAGUCCAACCGACUCUGUUUUGGCAACUCACAUAAAUUCAAUAUGUGACGCUUUGGAUAUUCCAGAUAUAGGUCGUUCCAUCCACGACUUUUCCAUUAACGUCCAUCCAUCACAACAAUACGUUAACAGUGCAUUUAUCGAUGUUAUACGCUAUCUAAAUUGGACUAGGUUCGGCAUUUUGCAUGAAAAAGAUUAUGGAAUUAUUAAUUUACACCAGCUUUCACGCUCCGUUCAAGCGGAAGUGCACAUGCGAAAAGUUUCCCAAUCAUCUUACCUUUCUGCGCUGAACGACUUUAAGAACAAAGAGAUACAUAACAUAAUUAUUGAUAUAAACUCGAACGGCAUUAAAGCGCUGUUGAAAAAUAUUCUACAACAACAGAUGAAUGAGUAUAAAUAUCACUACUUUUUCACAAGCUUUGACCUGGAAACAUUUGACCUGGAAGACUUUAAGUAUAAUUUUGUGAAUAUAACAUCGUUCCGACUGGUCGACAUCGGUGAUGUAGCUGUAAAGGAAAUUCUAAAGGAUCUUGAGUUCUUUGGUCAGAAUAUGUUCCAAGAAUCCGAUGAAAACUUGUAUUUACGAAAAGCGCUCACCAUUGAGACUGAGCCAGCCCUAAUGUUUGAUUCGGUUUAUGUAUUCGCUAUUGGACUGCAGACGCUGGAACAGUCGCAUACGCUGUAUCUAUCGAAUUUGACUUGCGAAGACGAAACUCCGUGGAAUGGGGGCUUGAGCUUGAUUAAUUAUAUAAAUGCGGUUGAAUGGAAAGGUCUGACGGGUCCUAUUCAAUUCAAAGAAGGACAGCGUGUUCAAUUCAAGUUGGACCUAAUAAAACUGAAGCAGCAUUCCAUUGUGAAAGUUGGAGAGUGGACACCCCAGAGAUAUCUCAACAUAACUGAGCCAGCAAUGUUCUUCGACUCGGGUUCAAUGAAUGUAACACUGGUAGUAAUAACGAUUCUGGAAACACCAUACGUAAUGAUGCACUAUGGGAAAAAUUUUACGGGAAAUGAAAGAUUCUAUGGCUUUUGUGUUGAUAUAUUGGAAACGAUUUCACACGAGGUUGGUUUUGAUUACAUACUGGACAUAGUGCCCGAUAGAAAGUAUGGUGCCAAGGAUCCCGAAACCGGGGAAUGGAAUGGAAUGGUUGCACAGCUAAUGAAAUAUAAGGCGGACUUGGCUGUGGGCUCUAUGACAAUUACAUAUGCAAGGGAAAGCGUUAUUGAUUUCACAAAGCCCUUUAUGAACCUUGGAAUCAGCAUAUUAUUUAAAGUACCCGAAUCAGAGCCUACCAGAUUGUUUUCCUUUAUGAAUCCUCUGGCCAUAGAAAUCUGGAUAUAUGUUUUGAUUGCAUAUUUUCUUGUGUCAGCUAGUAUAUAUAUUGUAGGAAAACUGUCCCCUAUCGAAUGGCAAAGUAUUCAUCCGUGCGAUUUGGAUAACAUUACGAUUGGAAAUCAGUUUACAAUGUCUGACAGCUUCUGGUUCACCAUCGGAACGUUGAUGCAGCAGUCAUCGGAUGUAUACCCGAGAGCAACCUCAACACGUAUAAUUAGUAGUAUUUGGGGAUUUUUUUCCCUGAUUAUUGUGGCAUCAUAUACUGCAAAUUUGGCUGCUUUUUUAACUACUGAACGAAUGAUAAACCCCAUUGAGAACGCAGACGAUUUGGCAACACAGACAGAAAUUUCGUACGGUACAUUAGAGAGUGGCUCGACAAUGACAUUUUUUCGGGAUUCCAUGAUUGAAACUUACAAGAAAAUGUGGAGAAGCAUGGAUAACAAGAAGCCAUCGGCAUUUACCACUACGUAUGAGGACGGCAUAAGGAGAGUAAAUCAGGGCAAUUAUGCCUUUUUAAUGGAGUCUACAAUGCUCGAUUACAUUGUACAGCGCGACUGUAACUUGACCCAAAUUGGGGGAUUGCUGGACACAAAAGGGUAUGGUAUUGCCACACCUAAGGGCUCUCCGUGGCGGGACAAAAUAUCCUUGGCGAUAUUAGAGCUUCAGGAAAAGGGAGACAUUCAACUGCUAUACGACAAGUGGUGGAAAAACACUGAUGAGACGUGUACCAGGAGGAGCACCAGCAAACAAUCGAAGGCAAAUGCAUUAGGACUGGAAAGUAUAGGCGGUGUAUUUGUGGUUCUAAUCGCAGGGAUUCUUGUUGCAGUAAUUGUUGCGUUUUUUGAGUUCUGGUUCAAUUUUAAAUACAAUAAGAAAUCAAAGCCACUGCAGAACAAUUUCUUCCACACCGCUGAAGAGGGGAUACUGCAUACGGAUAAAGAAUGCGUUUAUAUACCACCCAGCCGCUCUUUCUGGAUCGAAAUUUUUGAGGAACUUCGUUAUGCCUCGUGGUGCAUGAACAAACCCAUAAAACCAGAGCUUACUCAGAUAAGCGAUGAGGACAUCGUAACAAUGAUUACACGAAAUCAAUUUCUACACCGGCAUAUAGCCAUUGGAGCUCUAUAUUUCUUACUGAUAAUAACGGUCCUGGGGCUCAUAUAUGCACUGUCAAUCUUCAACAGCACUGAAUUGCCAUUCAUGGUGAAAUCACCAUCUCCGCCAGUGCAGAGUUCUAAUUAUCAGCAAAAAUCGAUGAUAAAUAUCGAUGAUGAUAAGCGUGGGUUGAGUAAUAGCCAAACAACACAACCCCCUUUUAACAGUCAUGAAACUAGUGACGAUGAUCAGCAGCAUAUAUAUAUCGACGAUGUCUAUAGGUCGGACAAAUUGGUUAGGUCGUUCAAGCCGGAAUAUUUUUAUACUCGUGCGUCAAAAUUCACAGCAUCUGGGGGACAGGGGCAUUAUAAGCCACCCAAAAUUACCUCAGAAUUAGGCUCUGGAACAUCAACACGAAGUAGUAAUAAUGAUUUAAAUCAGUUCGACAGACUAAGAGGCAUGUACGUCGACAACGAAGAAGCAAGUGGCAGCGGCUCCGAAGAUAAGGAUAUAAAUACUUCUUUGGAUAUGGAGACAAAAAAGUUCAUAAAACGCAUAAACUUAAGACUAUUGAAAAAAGGUGAGUCAAAUAUGACCGUGGGAAAAGGAAAAGAGCACGACAGCGACCGUCCCCGUCUGUUAAAACAACGAUCGCACAGUGGCAGGAUGCGUUACGUACGGGUACGAGUAUACAGCAAUAAAAACCCAGUUGAAUGGCCAACAAAACAAAUAGAUCAGAGGAGCAACAAGCCACUGGAAAAGGCGAACUCAUUGAUGGAGGAUGACCGGAAACAAGAACGUCGCAUCAUUAGUAACGAGAAGGAGAGUGCAGAUCGAUCCCGAAAACUUUUAUUGUGCGAACAGGAAACUGAAUCUGGAGUUGGAAUGGAAAACGAGCUAUGCCGUAUGCUAUUUAAAGAGUCCUGAUUAAUUGUAUAUGCUUGUGCUUUUAUGUAUUAUGUAUUGUGCCCAUUCGACUGUAAGACCCCGAAAUUUUAGCUUAGAUUAAAAUACUUACUCCAAGCAAAUAAAAGUAACUGAGGAUUGAGAUCUGGUGAAUGAAA